AUAAAAACUUCCUUGGAGGAAACACGAGCAGCUUAGCCCCGGACUUCCUGUUUAAUGCUCGACUGUUGACUGGUAGAAAGGGAUGAAGUCUUCGGAAGAUAAUACAACUACCCAAUGAAAUCGGAAUAAAAGUACACUCAAAAUGAGCUGGAUUCCCUUCAAGACUGGACAACCAAAGAAGCAGAUUGUCUCUAAAACUGUUGAAAGAGACUUUGAGCGAGAGUAUGACAAGCUCCAAAAACUGGAGGAUCAGACGAAGAAGCUUCACAAGGACAUGAAGAAAAGCACCGAGGCUGAUUUAGCCAUGUCCAAAGCAGCAGUGAAGAUCUCUGCAGACCUGCUGAGUAACCCGCUGUGUGAGCAGGACCAGGCCUUCCUGGAUUCCAUGACUGCUUUAGAUACAGCCAUGAGAAGGAUGGACUCCUUCAACCAGGAGAAGGUCAACCAGAUGCAGAAGACCGUCAUCGAUCCUCUGAAAAAGUACAGUGGUGUCUUCCCCAGCCUUAACAUGGCAGUGAAACGGCGGGAACAGGCACUGCAGGACUACAAACGGUUGCAGUCCAAAGUGGAGAAGUAUGAAGAGAAAGAAAAAACCGGGCCCGUUAUGGUCAAACUACAUCAGGCCAAAGAAGAGCUCCGACCGGUCAAGGAAGACUUUGAGGCCAAGAACAAGCAGCUGCUGGACGAGAUGCCCAAGUUCUACCACAGCCGCAUCGACUACUUCCAGCCCAGCUUUGAGGCGCUCAUCAGAGCGCAGGUGGUCUAUUUCACAGAAAUGUACAAGAUCUUCAGCGACUUAACAGACCAGAUCGACCAGGGGGGAUUGACUGAUGAGCAGAGGGAGAGGGAGACCGAGGCCAAACUCAGCGAGUUGCGUGCUCUGUCCAUUGUCGCCGACGACUGAGGGAGGAAAGCUGAAAAGCGCCUCUCUGAAUGGAUCAUACUCUUAUCAGCUUCCUCCGUGCAGUUCAAACGAACAGCAAUGGCCUUAACCUGAUUAUCAGUUUGUUUCCUCGUGGCCUCAUCACCCCCAUCCCUCCUGCACUACACUUGCCUGUGUCAUUCUCCCAGCAAAGACUCCCUGCAACUCCAGCAGCUGAAAUGCCACAUUAAGUAAGCCAUCAGCCAAGUGCAACAUUAUAAGCCAAUAUGCUGGAGUUUUUUUUAGUAAAGGAAUCAAGUAGUUUUCGUCGGAACUAAUUAACAGGGUUACACUUCUUGGUUUCAGCGAUGUCUACAAGCAUUUGUUUCUAAAGUACAAAAUGAGCAAAUAUUAUUACAGUCAGACCUGCUAUGUUGCCAACAAUCUGUGAAAUAUAGUUUUUAUUACCCGACUUUGAAAUUACAAACACUACAGACUCAAUGUUAUUUAAUGUACUGCGGGUUAUCGGCAAGAAAAUGUAUUUCUGUAUUUUAGCCUUCGCUGGUUAUCUCUAAGUAUAGCUGUGUGUUAUGUUUUUUUUUUUAUAAUAAUGAAAACAUUACCUGUGUAUAAUGUGCCUACAUUGUCCUGACUGUGGAUGUAACAUGAAAACUAACUUGUGUGAAGUGGCAUUGUACCUGUGCAGCAGUGUCGAAAGGUCGACCACUCGGGCUGCCAACAGAAGGGAGUCCCGGUUGAGGUCGAAUCACGGCCCAAAACAAAGGCUGGUGCUCCCUCUAGUGGAAAGGGCUGAUCAUGACACAUUUCCUUUUAUCCACACCAUCCAUCAUUUGUUCUAUUGUUUUGGUUCAGUUAGUCUGUUAGCAAAGAAUCUCACACAUUGUCGGCAGAAGGUCCUCUCUCUGUACUCUCUACACCAGGGUUCAAAGCCAACCUUUUAUUAUUUUUUUUUAGAAAGGGGUUUUCCUAAAUUUUGGACCAAAUCAUACUAAUGUUGAUUGCACUCCUUUGUUUCUACCGGUAUCAGGUACUGCCUCAAUUUGAUGAACAAGUUCUGGUUAAUGUGGCUAUAUGGUGAUGAACACACACGGAUAGCUCCCAUACCAUGUUUGUGGAUUUGUGAGGUGUCAUACCAAGAAGUUGAAUAUUUACUCCUCGACAGACAUUUUGUGAUUUUGAAAUCAUUCAAGCAAAUGGAUAGUCGAUUGCCUGACUUUGUGAGUUACACAUAAAUAACGGUAUUAAUGAAGGCGUUUUCUAAAUAAUUUUUUUUUACACAAUAGUGGCUUUUAUUUUAGGUUUUUAAAUGUAUUAUCACAAUCUGUUAAAUAGCAGUGUCAUCAGCUGUCAUCUUAAUUUAUAAUCAAUCAUGAAAUAAAUUAACUGUGGGAAUAGUAA